AUGUCGUAUAAUCGUUUAGACGACGAUUAUUACAACGACCGCAUGGACCCCAGGUACCAUCGCACGCCUUCACCGGGCCAGCCGCUUCAACAUGGCUACCAGUUGGAGGACAACCCCUUCAACAACGCCGCUUACCAGCAGGCCCCGCCCCAACACAUCGACGACCCUUACGGUCGUCCCAGUCCUCACCAGCAGCUCGAUGUCCCCACGGGUCCGGCUCGGUAUGGCACACCUAGUGACCAGCUGCAACUCAACGCAGCACACUCUGUUAGCAACUUGAGCGGAUACGAAACACCAGUCAACCACGGCGAAUACGGCGUCAACCCGGAAGCCCAUCACGACGCCUACUACAACCAGCCCUACGAGCCUUCACCGCACGACCCCUCGAUGCCCUAUGACCAGCCGACCGGUUACAGCGAGUACGACGACAAUAGGCCAAUGCUGCCUCAUCAGGACAGCACGGCCACCGAUGGGUACCAGGACAACCCAACACCGCAGCCGGCCGGUGGAAUCAAGAGGUGGAAGACUGUCAAGCAGGUGUUGCUGUACCGUGGGAACCUGGUCCUCGACUGCCCCGUGCCACCAAGACUUCUUAACCAAAUCCCCCACGGCGAGCGCGACGAGUUCACCCACAUGCGCUACUCGGCGGCCACGUGCGACCCCGACUUCUUCUACGAUGACAAUUUCACUCUGCGACAGAAGCUCUUCUCAAAGCCAAGACAUACGGAGCUUUUCAUCGUUGUCACCAUGUACAACGAGGACGAAAUCUUGUUCGCUCGUACAAUGAUUGGUGUUCUCAAGAACGUCGAAUACAUGUGCAGCCGGAAGGAGAGCAAGUCAUGGGGCAAGGAUGCGUGGAAGAAGAUUGUCGUCUGCGUCGUCAGCGACGGUCGUGCCAAGAUUAACCCUAGAACCAGAGCUCUGCUGGCAGGUAUGGGUGUGUAUCAGGAGGGCAUCGCGAAGCAGCAAGUCAACAACAAGGAUGUCACGGCCCACAUCUACGAGUACACCUCGCAGGUCGGAAUGUCAAUCAAGAACGACGUGGUCACCUUGGUCCCUAAGCAGCAGCCUGUUCAGAUGCUGUUCUGCUUGAAGGAAAAGAACCAGAAAAAGAUCAACUCCCACAGAUGGUUCUUCCAGGCUUUCGGCCGUGUCCUCGACCCCAACAUCUGCGUCCUCAUCGAUGCCGGUACCAAGCCUGGCGGCAACUCGAUUUACCACCUGUGGAAGGCGUUCGAUCUUGAACCCAUGUGCGCCGGUGCCUGCGGUGAAAUCAAGGCCAUGUUGGGAACGGGCGGCAAGCACCUCCUUAACCCUUUGGUCGCGACGCAGAACUUCGAGUACAAGAUGAGCAACAUCCUUGACAAGCCUCUGGAAUCCGCCUUUGGUUUCAUUUCAGUGUUGCCUGGCGCCUUUUCGGCCUACCGCUAUGUUGCCCUGCAAAACGACAAGAACGGGCAGGGUCCGUUGGAAAAGUACUUCGCCGGUGAAAAGCUCGAGGGUGCCGGCGCUGGUAUCUUCACGUCCAACAUGUAUCUCGCCGAGGACCGUAUUCUCUGCUUCGAGCUUGUUACCAAGCGCAACUGCCACUGGAUCCUUCAGUACGUCAAGUCUGCUACUGGCGAGACCGACGUGCCGGACACGGUCACGGAACUGGUUCUUCAACGUCGUCGUUGGUUGAACGGUUCUUUCUUCGCCGGCAUCUACGCCAUUGCCCACUUCUACGAGUUCUUCCGCUCCGACCACUCCAUGCUACGGAAGCUGAUGUUCUUUAUCGAAUUCGUCUUCAACACAAUCAACCUGAUCUUCGCCUGGUUCGCCAUUGGUAACUUCUUCCUGGUUUUCAAGAUCCUGACAACAAGUCUGGGUGAGGACAAUUUGCUUGGUAGGACCGGCGAGAUCCUCGGAGUCGUCUUCACAUGGGUUUACGGCAUUGCUCUCAUAACUUGCUUCGUCCUUUCCAUGGGCAAUCGUCCAGCGGGCUCGGGUCCUUACUACAUCACGAUGGUUUACUUCUGGGCCUUUAUUAUGGUGUAUCUGUUGUUUGCAGCCGUGUUUAUUGCCGUCAAGGCCAUCAUCGCCGACGUUAAUGAUGCCAACGGCUUCAACGUCACCGACCUCUUCAAAAACCCCGUGUUUUACACCCUCAUUAUCUCCGUCAUGUCGACAUACGGUAUCUGGCUGAUUGCCUCGCUGCUGAUGUUCGACCCUUGGCACAUGGUUACGUCCUUUGCGCAGUACAUGCUUCUUACGCCCACAUACACCAACAUUCUCAACGUCUACGCGUUCUGCAACACGCACGACAUUUCUUGGGGUACAAAGGGUGACGACAAGGCAGAGACCCUGCCUACUGUCAGUACCAAGGACGGAUCUGGAAAGACGGACCUCCCGGAUGAGGCCGAUCUGAAUGCACAGUACGAACGCGAACUCAAGGUGUUCAGUACCAAGUUCGUGAAGGAGGUCAAGCAACCGACCGAAUCGCAGUUGGCUGAGGCCCAGAUGGACUAUUACCGCGGGGUUCGUUCCGUCACGGUGCUUGCCUGGAUGAUUUCCAACUUCGGUCUCGCCGCUGUCGUCCUCAGUGCCGCUGGUCUGGAGAGAAUAAACCCCUCUGCAGGCACUACCGACGACACUGACGGCCGGGCCAACAUCUACAUGUCAGUCGUGCUCUGGUCCGUCGCUGGGCUGUCGGCGUUCAAGUUUAUCGGUGCGAUGUGGUUCCUCGUGGUGCGCAUGUUCAGAGGUGUCUAG